ACCGGUCGAUUGCAUCACGAUGUCCGGCACCAUACUUUUUCCGGGUAUCACGGGCCGCUUCUUCGAGCGCGCGCCUGCCUGCGCAUCUCGCCUCCUGGCCUCAGCACCCACGGCCCUCACAUGAGCGUCCACACCGACAACACAGCGAUUCCGCUCCUUCCCUCCCAUCUCACCUUCGCGCUCCAGACGAGGCCGCCCACACCCGCGCCCGCGUCAGGUGAUCAGACGAUGUGUCAUCGAGGGAAGAGGUCCUCCGGUCAUCUUCUUUUUCUCUCGACCUUUGCCUGACCUCUAUACACCCGACAAACGACGAGCCCUUCGACUUCAGCGCACCCACACCUUCACGAUCGCGACCAUGCACCAGGAUCACUGCAAUCAUCAGGUCCACGCCAGUGAACAGCAGAACGCCGCGCAGCAGACGCCCGAGAAUUACACGACCAAAGGCUUUUGCAAAGAGCAGAAGGUGAAGGAGAAGGAGUGGCCGCGGAGACUCGGUGUACUCUGUUCCGUCACGAAGGCACUGCUUCAGAGAGAGAAAGGAAUUGCGAAGCUGAAAGAGGAGAACCCGCGUCUGGAGCACGACAACCAUCGUUUGAAGAACGACAACCAGCGUCUGGAAGACGAGAAUCGGCGUCUCUGGAAGCUCGUCGAGGUCAUACGCGACGAUGAGAUUGAUAUCAACUUUCCGACUCUCUUCGAAGAGUUCGCGUAUGGAGAAGCCCUCCACGAGCUCGAGGAGCUCGAAGAGGCUCAACUCAACUUGAGGCGGAGACACGUCGUGAAACACAGACGCAAGACUGCCACCGGACACGCCUGCAGAGUCCACAUGAUCGCACAGACCAAACAGCAAGCAGAAUCGUAUGACUAUCUUGUCGGUCCUCCUGCUCCAAUCCUGGUACUGCCCGCACAUCAUCUUCCUGCGCACGAUUUCGCACAGCAGCCUGCUUACAGAGCGCUGAGAACUGUAAGCUGCCGAGACCCCAUGUUCGAAGUGCACGCUGCCAUCUUUCUUGAAUCAUCGAUAGCGGGUUCCGAGUUCGUGGACCUCCAUCCUGACUUGUACGAGCCAGUCUUGACACGUUCGAACCGCUUGAAGGCGACUGAGGCCCGUACAGACGGACGCCACAUGCCAUAG